CUUGGCAAUGUUAACGAAGAGGGUGCCAUAAAUAUAUCCAUUGAACGUAAAAUAGUGCAUGAGCAAUAUAAUGAGCGUUAUGUUGUUAAUGAUAUAGGAUUGGUUAAGUUGCGCGCAGCAGCGCCAAAUACAGGUAAGGGAAUACUUCACUUAUUUACAUCAUAUAUUGGCCCUAUUUGCUUGCCUGAUGGAGAACGCUUCGAACAGAAUUUUGUGGGCAUGAACCCAUUUGUUGCUGGCUGGGGUGCAGUUAAGUUUCAGGGUCCAAGUUCAAAUGUUUUGCGUGACGUUCAAGUGCCCAUUGUGAACCAGCAGUCUUGUGAACAGUCCUAUAGUUCUGUGUUUCAGCAUAUUGCAUUUACUGAUAGGUUCAUCUGCGCUGGCAAUUCUUAUGUGGAUGCUUGUCAGGGGGAUUCCGGUGGGCCACUGAUGAUGCCGAUGCUGGAGAAUGGCGCUUAUCAUUAUUACAUACUUGGCUUGGUUUCUUACGGUUAUGAAUGCGCUCGGGCUGGAUUUCCUGGAGUUUACACACGUGUGGCUUCCUAUUUACCGUGGAUUCGUAGUCACAUGACUUAA